UCAUAACACCCUUUUCAUUUUUUCAAGUCCAAAUUUUUUUCCCACCUUUGUAUUUUACUUCUUCAGUUCUUCUCCUCUUUUUUUUUUCAGUGAUCUUCAUUAAAAAAGAAAAAAGAUAAAAAGGUUGAUUAGUCUUGUUUGAUUACUCAUUAUUUGGAAGAAUUUAGGAUUUCUAGGUACUCUUUCAUUAAUUUUGGAGUUGAAAUCUCUAAUUUUUGUCCAAAGAUUAGCUGUUUAUUGGAAUUUGUAGGAGUUGGUAGUAGUUGAUCAAAAUACCCAAUUGCUGAAAAAGAGGUACUCCUUGUUAAGAAUUAGAGAAAAUUUUCUCUAGGGUUGGUAAAGUUAUAAGGAAGAGAGGCAAAAAUGGAAAAGAUGGUGGUUAUUCAUGGUGAUGAUCAUGAACCAAUGGAGUUACCUCCCGGAUUCCGAUUUCACCCUACCGAUGAGGAGUUGAUCAGUCAUUAUUUAGCACCAAAAGUUGUUGACAUCAAUUUCUCAGCUAAAGCUAUUGGAGAGGUUGAUUUGAACAAGUGUGAACCUUGGGAUUUACCAAAGAGGGCGAAAAUGGGAGAAAAAGAAUGGUACUUCUUCUGUGUAAGGGACAGAAAAUACCCAACAGGAUUAAGAACAAAUAGGGCAACUGAAGCAGGUUAUUGGAAAGCUACUGGUAAAGACAAGGAAAUAUACAGGGGGAAAUCCCUUGUUGGUAUGAAGAAAACCUUAGUUUUCUACAAGGGUCGAGCCCCAAAAGGCGAGAAAUCAAACUGGGUGAUGCAUGAAUACAGACUCGAAGGGAAAUCCUCUCUUCAAAACCUACCUUCUAAUGCCAAAAAUGAAUGGGUGAUCUGCAGGGUUUUCCAAAAGAGCGCAGCAGGAAAGAAAAUCCCUUUCCAUGGAAUAAUACAACAAGAGUCUGAAUUCAACCCUUCGAGUAAUUUGCCGCCAUUGAUGGAUUACAACACCAGUUAUGGUGCUCCUCACGUGCCCUGCUUCUCCAACCCACCCAUGGAAAUGGAAACAACUACUGCCCAUUACCAAAACACUAAUCAAACCUCUUUUGAAGGGCUAAUGAGCAAUCCUUACAAGUCGAAUAAUACGGGUGAUAAUCCCUAUUUCUCUUAUUUCCCAUCACAAACAGGGAAUUAUUCUGGGAAUUACAUGAUGUCAGAUCAACAUAUACUCAAGACUAUCCUUGGAACAGAGAUGAAACAGAGCAUGAAAACAGAGGUGGUUAAUUAUAGUGCAUCACAGGAUACUGGAUUAAGCAGUGACAUGAAUGCUGAAAUUUCUUCAGUUGUUUCGAAUUACGAUAUCAGCAGGAGGGCGUUUGACGAUCAUGAUGGACCGUCGACUUCCGGUGGGCCUGUCGACUUGGAUACUCUCUGGUACUGAAGGAAAACCAUAUAGCUGGAGCCAGGAGGUGAUCAUAGAUGAAAUUAGGACCUAAAAUGAAGAAAAGAAAAAAAAAAUUAAAAAAAGUGAUAAAAUUUUCGAUUGCCACUCUAAAUUACUAAGGAUUUGUAUUAGAUAAUUUGAUGUAUAGAAAUUUACUGAAUCCAAUUAAGGAUACAGAUCAAAUAUGCAAUAUAUUCUGUAAUAUAAUUUAGCUGGUAGCAUACAAUAUAA